UUUCCUUUCAUUGUUGUUGUUUGUUUCUUUGUAUUUCCACAGAAUCCAAAUCAUCAAGGUGGUGAUGGUACUAAUGGUGCCAGCGCUCACCAGCUUCCUCCUCCUCCACCACCAGCUCCACAAUCUCACGGAGGUGGAGAAGCAGGCUUGAUCCGGCCCGAUUCGAUGUCCGAUCGAGCUCGAUUGACCAACAUACCGAUGCCGCAAGCAGCAUUAAAAUGCCCAAGAUGUGAAUCCACAAACACCAAGUUUUGUUACUUCAACAACUAUAGUCUCAAGCAGCCUCGACACUUUUGCAAGACUUGUAGAAGGUACUGGACCAGAGGGGGUGCUUUGAGAAAUGUUCCGGUCGGAGGCGGAUAUCGUAGGAACAAAAGAAGCAAAGGAAGCGGCUCGAAAUCCUCGGCAAGCGGUGACCGGCAAACAGCGUCGGGUUCUUCGAGUACGAUUUCUUCCAACAGUACGGGAAACAUCGAUAUUUUAGGCCUCGGACCUCAAGUUCGUCCAUCGAGGUUAAUGACUCCUUUGCAUCAUCUUACUGAAUUUGGCGGCAGUGAUCAUAUUGGGUUGAAUUAUGGGACUAUGUCCGCUCCACUCGGUGGAAUGAGUGACUUAAGCUUUGAUAUGGGAAGUGCUUUAGCCAUCGGCGGAGGCGGGGGCGGUGCUACUCCCGGUAGUUCUCUCUUGGCAAUGGCCGGUUUGGAUCAAUGGCGGCUGCAACAACCGCCGCAAUUUCCUUUCUUAAGUGGCUUGGAAUCUUCUUCCGCGAUGUACCAUUACGAAAGUGGAUCCGGUGUCGAGUCAUCGGGCUAUGGAGGUGAAGCUGUUGGCCAUCAUCUUCAUCAUGUUAGGCCAAAGAUAUCGAGCUCAAUAUCAACCCAAACGGCUUCAGUGAAAAUGGAGGACAACAGUAAUAAUAACAAUAAUCAGCAAGAACUCAUCAAUUUGUCAAGGCAAUUUUUGGGGCUUCAAGGAUAUGAUAAUUACUGGGGUGGAACUGCAUAGCUUCAGCUCUUCAUAUACAUCCACCAUGAACACCAUUUUACUUACUGUCCAACUCCAAAUGCCAUUAAUAUGAUCAAACCCUAGAUUUGGCAGGGUUUUCUUUCACUAGAAUUGGUAGAUUUUCAUUGUAUGAGUUCGUUUUUCAUAGUGAGUG